UCCCCAAACUCCGAAAUCAAUGGCCUACGAGCUUCCGACGGAUCUGAUCCAACAACUCAAACGGGCGACCCGAGCAGAAGCUGGACUAUCCCACUACGACCCGACCCAGAAAUCCUUCCCGCCCUUGCCUUCAAUAUCUGAAUCCGUAUCGAUUUUCGACCCAUCACCGCCUUAUCUCCGCUGCAAGAACUGUAAUGGAAGACUUCUUCGUGGGGUGCAAUCACUUCUUUGUAUAUACUGUGGCCGCCCAAACGACAUCGUUCCAGACUGCAUUUCGUUUAAGGACACGUUUGCUUACCGCUGGUUGCUCGAGUCCCUCAACCUUGAUGGAUCAGAAACUGUUGGACCACCAUUGGAAAUAGGUGAUUUAAACAGAGGGCAAAGUGCACCAAAGGUUGAGAUUUCCUUGUCUGAGCUCUUAGAUUUUAAAAUAAGCUGGCCGGCUGAGGAAGCAAAAGGAGAGAUAAAUUUAUCAAAUCAGAAUCCAGUUGAGAGAAGUUAUUUGAAAUUGACUGGAAUUGACCUGGAUAAUUUUUUCCACGAUUCCAGAAGGAUAGAUGCUUCCAAUGCUCCCGAGGAGCACUCUGUUACAAGCAAUAAUGUUGUUACUGCAAAACCUAAAGGAGGUGCAACUCAUGAUAAUCUUAGUUUCUUUGAGAAUUCUAAGCCUUCUGAGUUAGCUGUUCAGUCCUCUACAUACCAAAAAAAUGAUGCCUUUUCUGGAUGGGAGGCAGAUUUCCAGUCUGCUAAUUUUGGAGAUCGGUUUGGUGCUUCCAACUCAUUUGACCCUAGUGCAGAUUCUGCAGCUGCAACUAUUCACCAUGAGAGUCCAAAACCUCCUGAACCUUUUGGUGGAUCUGAAGUUGAUAUUUCUUCCCAUCUAGACUCAGUUUUUGGAACCAAGAAAGAGUCAAAAGAUGGAAGAUUAGAGGAUAGUUCAGCAGCUUCUCCAUCAAUUGGUCACUGGACUUCUGACUACCUGUGGAACAACUCAAAACUGGAGGCAUCUGUGCAGAAUGAGCAGCCUGAUCCAACUAUCAGAGUGAAGGAUGCUCAGCCACAAGACAACCUGACCAAUGUUGAUUUAUCUUUGCAACUGGACUCUGUUUUUGGACCUGUAAAAGAGUCCAAAGAUGGAAAUCAAAAGGUUGAUUUGGCAACUUCUCCCUCAAUUGGUGACUGGACUUCCAAUGACCUGUGGAAUAAUUUAAAUAAAGAUGCCGCUGCUCAGACUGAGCAGCAUGACGCAACCAUCGAACUGAAGGAUAUUUCUCCACAACAGCAUAUGAGCAAUCCUUCAACAAGUUUUGAUUGGUUUCAGGUUGACAAACGGCAAAGUGAUGCAAGUACACCUGCAAAUAACAUGAAGAGCGGUGAUGUAGUUUUAUUUGAUGAUUGGAAUGAUUUCACAAGCUCAACUCACGUUCAAGAUUCUCAAACUGCUCCAACACAAAGUCAUGAGCAAUCUGCUUCUGAAAGCACUUCAGAACUGAAUGUAUUCAGCUCAGACAAAGAUUUGGAAGAAAUGGACUUUGGUAGCUUUUCACAAGCAAAUCUUUUACCGAGCUCAUCUAGCAAAGGGGGUCUUUCCGCAGAAGUGAAUAACAUCAGAUUAGAAGUUUCUGCUUCUGACAGGGUAAUUGACACCAAAAGUGACUUGGGUGAAGGUUCGGCAGCACCUGACACUAUUGGAGAUGUCCACAUUGCUUCCACCCAAACCAAGGAAGACGUGGAAAUGCUGUUGUCACAGAUGCAUGAUCUUUCUUUCAUGCUAGAGGAUAAGCUUUCAGUCCCAGCAAAAUCUGAAGGUGUUAAUUCUUUUCCAUGAAGUUAAACUUCAUCAUGGGUUUCUUUUGUAACUUGCGUUGUGUUUUGUGCACAUGUAUUUGAGUUUUAGAAAUACAUGUACCUUUUGAGUGAUCCUGCUUUUAAAAAAACAGAUAUUUCUUGUAUCUUACAUCUAUUCUUUUGAUCAUUAAGGAAGUAGCCGUUGUAGAUUAUACA